AUGUCUUCUAUUGUUACAGGCAUUCUGAGUUCAACAGUGGGUUUAUUAUUGAACGAGGCUCGCAGUUCCGCUGCGGCUAAGCUGAGGAACGGUGAUGUUACAGACGCCGAAAUUGGCAACAUCGUCGUGAGUGAGUUGAACGACAUCAAGACGAAACUCGAUGCUCUUUCCCGGACAGAUCUGCUCUACAGUUGCAAGUUACUAAAGGAAGGAAUAGCAUUUCUUAACGAUUCUCUUGAUAAAUCAAAUCUCAAGAUAAAAGUUUCGAUGAGUGAAAGUCAAGAAGACCUCGGUGAAGCAUCGGGAACGAGCGCUAGCCUCGACGAAACUUUAGGGCUCUCUCGCUCCUUGGAAGACGUUGUCGUUAACAUUAAGUUGGACGAAGACGUUAAGAAAAAAUUCAAGGAAGCAGGCGAGAACGCAUCACGUGUUUUCUGUAACCAAGGAUUAAGUAUUGAAGAUAGAAUCUUCGCCACAAAACUAGGAAUAAUUUCUGAAAUAUUGCAACAUCUGGAAAGUCCUAAAAUGACAGGGUGUCUUUUGUUUUUGAGAGAUCUGCAUAACCUACCAGCUAUUUGUAAAAGACUCUCGGUGUACCUUAAAGGCGGAUUUAAGUCGAGGUUUUUUAACGCGGCAAAACGAAGGGAGAACGUCAAAUCUAUCAUGCGGAUUAACUAUGUUUUAUUUCAACAUGCUUCGAAAUUCAGCCGUAAAAAUUCCUUCGUCCUCGACUGGCCUACAAUUGAACUCAAUGAUCGUCGUUUCAAUCCCAUAUUACAUUGGCAUAAGGUUUCGAAAAAGAGGUUUAUGUGGGACGAAAUGCGCCAACAUCCCAACGGACUGGUACUUGAUGAAAGAAUCAUUCCCGAAUAUUCUGCCGUGAACAAGGAUGAGGAUAUUGUUGCUGUUCUUAUGAAUCAUACAAACGUCGAGGCUUUCUCAAGGAAAGGAGAAAGGAAGGUAGUUAAAUUACCUGACAUCAUAGAAAAAAACCUUUCGAACAAAAUUAUUAAAGGACUUGCUGUCGAUAACAACAACAAUAUUUAUAUGGUGACACGGCUUCAAAAACGUACGGAAAAUGGCUUGGCGUUGAGUUAUGUGUUGUAUGUGCUGGAUAAAGAGUACAAUAUAAAACACGAGCGCAGAAUUACAGAUAUUUUCGAGACAAUACAGGAUGAUCCAGUGAGAAUCGCUAUGAACAAGGACAAUGAUAUCAUCAUGAUCAAAGCCCAUGAUCCCUAUGUAUAUAUCUGUGACAGCGAUGGGGAGUUGAAAGUCAAGUUUGAACCAAAGUCCGGUUUCUCAAUAUCUAGCUUCGGUAUAUCUGAGAAUAACGAAAUCAUGAUGUCAUCAAGCAAGGAAGUGCUCAUAUAUUCGGAGAAAGGAGUUCUUAUUUCGCGCAUAGAAGUACCAGAAGGUCACGAGGUCUGUGGGGUCGCGUUUCACUCUUUCUUUUGUAAAAUAAUCGUUUUAACUUAUGUCGACGUCAAGUCUUCAGUCUUUCUUCUCUGCUAUACUGCAAUGGGAGAACGUCUAGAGAGCACAACGUUCUUUUGUAAGAAGAAUAGCCGCAAAUCUCUGGAAAUCAAGUCCCAUCCAAGUGGUCGUGUUGCUAUUAUAAGAAAGAGAAGCAUCAUCUUUAUUUAA